AGAUGCUAGCCUGAGCCUGGGGUCCAGGCAUGGAAUUCCUGACGGCCUCCCAGCCCCCUCCAGGGCCUCCGGCCAUGGACCUGGAGGAGCCCAGGGAUGCCCUUUCCUCUCAGGACCCCACCCCUGACUGCCAGUGGAACCCGCCGCUGGGACACCCCAGCAGCCUGAGUCAGAUGGAACUGGACGGGCCGAGUAUCCAGGACCUGGUGCAGCAGUUUGAGGCUCUGCCGGGUGAUCUAGUGGGCCUGUCCCCGGAGGGACCCCCCUGCCCCCUGCACAUUGCCACUGGCCGCGGCCUGGCCCCCCAGGACGUCGCCGAUGCCCAUGGGCUGCUGUCCGCCGAGGCCGGCCGGGACGACCUGCUGAACCUUUUGCGCUGCGAGGAGUGCUCUCCUUCCUGUUCGUGUUCCGAGGAGCCCCUGGACCCUGCUCCUCACCUUUUGCAGCCCCCCGAGGCCCCGGAGGAGGAUCCCGGCCCCCCGGAAUGGACAGAGGGAGCGUCUGCCGAGCGACGUGGCAGCAGAAGCCCGAGCAGCUCCCCGGAACCCUGGCUGGAGACUGUGCCUCUGGUGGCUCCUGCAGAGCCACCGGCCAGCGCCCAGAGCCCCGAGACCCUGGCAUCAUGCCCUGCCCUCCAGGAGGUGCCCGGGCCGUGUGACCACGAAGACCUCCUGGACGGCGUCAUGUUCGGGGCCAAGUACCUGGGCUCCACGCAGCUGCUGUCGGAGCGCAGCCCGCCGCCCAGCGCGCGCAGGGCGCAGGCGCAGGAGGCGGUGGAGCGCGUCCAGGGGGAGGGGGCGGGGCGGGCCCCCCCGGAGAGACUGCGCGUCCCCCAGGCCCAGCUCGUCGCUCAGGCCAUCGGCCAGGCCUUCGCCGUGGCCUACAGCCAGUUCCUGCGGGACAGCGGCAUCGACCCCAGCCGGGCGGGCGCCCCGCAGAGCCAGGCCGCGGGCCCGGGCCACCUCCACAACGGGGACCUGGACCACUUCUCCAACAGCGACAACUGCAGGGAGGUGUGCAUCGAGAAGCGCCGGGGCGAGGGCCUGGGCGUGGCGCUGGUGGAGUCGGGCUGGGGGUCCCUGCUGCCCACGGCCGUGAUCGCCAACCUGCUGCACGGCGGCCCGGCCGAGCGCUCCGGGGCCCUCAGCAUCGGGGACCGCCUGACCGCCAUCAACGGGACCAGCCUGGUGGGGCUGCCCCUGGCCGCCUGCCAGGCCGCCGUCCGCGAGGUGAAGUCGCAGACGCUGGUGACCCUCAGCAUCGUCCACUGCCCGCCGGUGACCACAGCCAUCAUUCGCCGGCUGCACGCCCGCGAGCAGCUGGGUUUCUGCGUGGAGGACGGCAUCAUCUGCAGCCUGCUCCGUGGGGGUAUCGCCGAGCGUGGGGGCGUCCGCGUGGGCCACCGCAUCAUCGAGAUCAACGGGCAGAGUGUGGUGGCCACGCCGCACGCCCGCAUCAUCGAGCUGCUCACCGAGGCCCACGUCGAGGUCCACAUCAAGACCAUGCCGGCUGCCACCUACCGCCUGCUCACGGGCCAGGAGCAGCCCGUGUACCUCUGACGGCCGCCGUCGCCCCGCUGCCGUGCCUUAGCCCCCCGGCUCUGGAACUUUCUGUGGCCGGCUGG